AUGGCUGAGCUGCUCUCUCUGGAAGGAGCUGUGCGGCUCCCGGUGGCUGCUCCCCGUUUGGGGCAGCCCGGCUCCCACCUGGUGCUGCGGGCGCUGCCAGGGCUGGGGGGUGCCUCGGAGUUAAUAGAUGGAAGCAGCGAGAUCUGUUCUGUGUUUCAGUACAAUGGCGUGUGCUUGCAAGGCCCCAGCGGCGUUCCGGGACGGGAUGGAAACCCGGGAGCCAACGGGAUCCCCGGGACACCUGGGAUCCCGGGACGGGACGGGCUGAAGGGGGAGAAGGGCGAGUGCAUGCGUGAGAGCAUCGAGGAGUCCUGGACACCCAACUUCAAGCAGUGUUCGUGGAGCGCGCUUAAUUACGGCAUCGAUCUUGGGAAAAUAGCGGAAUGUACAUUCACAAAGAUGCGCUCGAACAGCGCUCUCCGCGUUCUCUUCAGUGGAUCACUUCGGCUAAAGUGCAAAAACGCCUGUUGUCAGCGCUGGUACUUUACUUUUAAUGGGGCAGAAUGUGCUGGGCCACUUCCUAUUGAAGCCAUAAUAUAUUUAGAUCAAGGAAGCCCGGAGCUGAAUUCGACUAUUAACAUACACCGAACUUCUUCAGUGGAAGGUCUGUGUGAAGGGAUCAACGCGGGCUUGGUGGAUAUCGCCAUCUGGGUCGGGACUUGCUCAGAUUAUCCACGGGGAGAUGCUUCUACUGGAUGGAAUUCAGUCUCCCGAAUCAUCAUUGAAGAACUGCCAAAAUAACUUUCCCUCCCUUUUUAUAAUCUCUCCCUAUUUUUUUUUAUUUUGUACAAUUUUCUUCAGAAUUUAUUUCUAUAGAGUUGGAUGCAAGUAUUUGACUGAAAGGCACCAAACUCUUGCAUCUGUAGUCUUUGUCUAGCCUUUUUUUGCACAUUGCGGAGGCUUUUUAUAAUAAUCAUUUUAGAAUAUAAAUAUCAAACCCAAGUUCAUUAACUUUUUUAAUUCCUUGUUUGAUGUAUGAAAAUAUACCACCACCAUUUUAAGAAUUAACUGUAACUUUUUGUAUCAAAUAAAUAAGACCUUUUACAAAAAAAAAGAA